AUGAAUCGAAUUCGAAACGCAUUCGGAAUUCUCGGAUAUCCACGGGAGACUACAUUCAUAACCGGGACUGCCGGGUUUCUUGUAGGGUCGGCCGUAAUAGGUUUGAAAAGUCCGCGUGCGAUACUCUCAGAAGGAGAAAAGCCCACAAAGCUUAGCAUCUAUGACGACCCAAAGCCAGACAUUGUGCUUGUAGAAUCGCCCAGCAGGUUGGAACAAAGCAUUAGACAAUCCAGGAUUCGAAUCGCACAGUCGCAUCGUAUACGCGACAUAAAAGACAAAUGGAUCGAAGUUGAACAGAAUACUGAAAGGACGGUGAAAGAAGUGAUUGCGCCCGAUGAAAGAGUCAAGCCAGAAAUCUUGUACAUUGCAGUAGCAGGACUCGCUGGAACCAUAGUAGCAAGAAAUCCUUCGUACUAUUUUAUUCCUCAAACGACGCGUAAUAUCGCGGUCAAAAUCCGAGAAUACGAGGGGAGAUCACCGGAGCUCACAAAAGCCCAUGAAUCAAUAUCGAAUUUAGUAAAAGGAUCAAAGUCUAAAAUAAAUUCGACCAUCGGUGGCCUGAAAGGAGGUCAAUCGGAAGAAAAAAAAUAG